AUGGCUGAAGAUCCAUCCAUUCAGGCGUUCCUCCAAAGCGACAAAGCCAUGUCCACUUUCCGCUCCGUUGUCGACAACCCCACAUAUUAUCACAGCCACAAAACGCUGCUGGAGCCAGUUUUGGCCUAUCUGUCGAGCUUGGACAAAGUCGGUGCAGCCCCUCAACCACGGGAUGUGCCCACAUCGACAGAACGCAUCAAGGACUUGUACGAGGCAGCGAGGAUGGGAGACCUGACGAGGGUUCAAGUAUGUGUCGAAAAUGGAGCGGAUGUCAACUGGCUCGGCGAG